CGAUUCCCCAUCAACACCACACAAACACAUUGUUCUCUGUCCCAUCUCUCCAUUCUGCUCGCAGCUACUCUCUGUUACUUUUCCGCUGCUGAGCCAAUCUCUCGUUACAAUCUUUAAUUUCAAAUACCCAACCUUUUCUUGUACUUGUGUUUUAAUUGUUCUUUGUGUGGCUUCCAUUUGAAGUCGAUUCAUCAUGUGUGGCAUCUUCGGAUACGUCAACUAUUUGGUCGAGAAGGACCGGAGAUAUAUUCUCAAUACCCUCGUUAAUGGUCUCUCCCGUCUCGAAUACCGUGGCUAUGACUCGGCUGGUAUUGCCGUUGAUGGCGACAAGAAGAACGAGGUGUUCGCCUUCAAGGAAGUUGGAAAGGUUGCCAAGCUGAAGGAGCUCAUUGAUGAGUCCAAGCCCGACUUGGACAAGGUCUUUGACUCUCACGCCGGUAUUGCGCACACCCGCUGGGCCACUCAUGGUCAGCCCUCGCGGCUCAACUGCCACCCUCACAGAUCCGACCCCAACUGGGAAUUCUCCGUCGUCCACAACGGCAUCAUCACCAACUAUAAGGAGUUGAAGCACCUGUUGGAGACCAAAGGAUUCAAGUUCGAGACCGAGACCGACACAGAAUGCAUUGCCAAGCUGGCCAAGUACCUUUACGAUGAGCACCCCAACAUUGAGUUUACCGUCCUUGCCAAGGCUGUCAUCAAGGAGCUCCAGGGUGCUUUUGGUCUCCUCCUCAAGUCUGUCCACUACCCCCACGAGGUCAUUGCUGCUCGCAAGGGUUCGCCGCUGGUCAUUGGUGUCAAGACGGAGAAGAAGAUGAAGGUCGACUUUGUCGAUGUCGAGUUCUCCGAGGAGGGUGCUCUCCCCGCCGAGCAAGCGUCGCACAAUGUCGCCCUGAAGAAGUCUACCGGCAACCUGCUCGCCCCUCCAGACAAGUCCCUGCUCCACCGCUCCCAGUCCCGUGCCUUCCUCUCGGACGAUGGAGUCCCGAUCCCGACCGAAUUCUUCCUCUCUUCCGACCCUUCUGCCAUUGUCGAACACACCAAGAAGGUCCUCUACCUUGAGGAUGAUGACAUUGCCCACAUUCACGAUGGACAGCUCAACAUCCACCGUCUGUCCAAGGACGACGGCACCUCGGCUGUGCGCGCCAUUCAAACACUGGAGCUCCAGCUGCAGGAGAUUAUGAAGGGCAACUUUGACCACUUCAUGCAAAAGGAAAUCUUUGAGCAGCCCGAGUCUGUCGUCAACACCAUGCGAGGCCGCUUGGACUCGGUCAAUAAGAAGGUCACCCUUGGUGGUCUGCGUCAAUACAUUAGCACCAUUCGACGGUGCCGACGCAUCAUCUUCAUUGCCUGCGGUACGAGCUACCACUCGUGCAUGGCCGUGCGGGGUACUUUUGAGGAAUUGACCGAAAUCCCCAUCUCUGUCGAGUUGGCGUCGGAUUUCUUGGACAGACAAGCUCCCGUUUUCCGUGACGAUACCUGUGUCUUUGUCUCGCAGUCGGGCGAGACGGCCGACUCGUUGAUGGCGCUGCGCUACUGCUUGGAGCGUGGUGCUCUGACUGUUGGUAUUGUCAAUGUGGUCGGUUCGUCCAUCUCUCUCCUCACCCACUGCGGAGUCCACAUCAACGCUGGCCCGGAAAUCGGCGUGGCUUCUACCAAGGCCUACACUUCUCAGUUUGUGGCCAUGAUCAUGUUUGCACUCUCUCUCAGCGAGGAUCGCGCAUCCAAGCAAAAGAGACGCGAAGACAUCAUGGAAGGUCUGGGCAAGGUGUCCGAGCAAUUCAAGGAGAUUCUCCAGCUCAACGAUACCAUCAAGGACAUGUGUGCCAAGUUCUUCAAGGACCAGAAGAGUUUGCUGCUCUUGGGCAGAGGCAACCAGUAUUCUACUGCUCUCGAGGGUGCCCUCAAGAUCAAGGAAAUUUCCUAUCUCCACUGCGAGGCAGUCAUGUCUGGAGAGCUCAAGCACGGUGUCUUGGCUCUGGUCGAUGAGAACCUCCCCAUUAUCAUGAUCUUGACCCGUGAUGGUCUCUUUGCCAAGUCGCUCAACGCCUACCAACAAGUCAUUGCCCGCGGCGGUCGGCCAAUUGUGAUUUGCAACCCCAACGACGAUGAGUUCAGUGAUGACAAGACGGAGCAGAUUGUCGUGCCCAAGACGGUCGACGCUCUUCAAGGUCUUUUGAACGUCAUUCCGCUCCAGCUGAUUGCCUACUGGCUCGCGGUCGCAGAGGGGCUGAACGUCGACUUCCCGCGCAACUUGGCCAAGUCGGUGACAGUCGAGUAAAAAGCUUUGGUCUUGACCUUUUAUACUUUAGAAAUUAUCUUGAGGAGCAUUGCUACUGGGUUCAUGGUGCACUGGGUAUUCUUUGAGCGCAAAGGGUUUUGGGCGAGGGACCGGAGUCGUUUGCUUGCGUGCUGGGAGCCACCAUGUAUAAUGACACUGUAUUAGAUGCCUUGCAAACUUGUUAGCUAGAAUUAAACAGACUUUCUUUUUUUCAUUUUGAAUAUUCUUAAUUGCAGAUAUUGAAAUGAGAGCAAAUAGAUAGUGGAUGUGCAGCGCGGGCGAGGUCAGCUGAAUGCGCGCAACCUAGCAAUAUUACGAUUCGACCCUCUGACU